UUCAAUCACGGGUGAAAAUAAUUGAAUUCCUUUUGUUUAAAUUAUUUUUAUACCGCGUGUUAAGUCGUGGAUAAAAAAAAAAAAAAAAGAAUUUUAUAACAAUUUUUUAACGUGGCUAGUUAGUGCCGUAUUUAUUUUUUGUAUUUUAUUGAACGGGAAUAUCGGCUACAUUUAGAGCAACAAUAUGCCUCAAAAUGAAUAUAUGGAACGCCACCGAAAACUCUUCGGUCGGCGGUUAGAUUAUGAGGAACGUAAACGUAAAAAGGAAGCACGUCUACCGAAAGACCGGGCACGCAAAGCCCGCAAACUGAGAGGCAUAAAAGCAAAACUCUUCAACAAGGAGCGUCGCAAUGAAAAGAUUCAAAUUAAAAAGAAAAUCAAGGCACAUGAAGAGAAAAAGGUCAAAAAACAAGAAGAAAAGGUCGAAGAUGGAGCCUUGCCUCAUUAUCUUCUGGAUCGUGGUAUUCAAUCCAGCGCCAAAGUACUCUCGAACAUGAUAAAACAAAAGAGAAAGGAAAAGGCAGGAAAAUGGGAUGUCCCGAUUCCGAAAGUUCGUGCCCAGUCUGACGCUGAAGUAUUCAAAGUGCUGAAAACUGGAAAAACGAAGAGAAAGGCAUGGAAGCGAAUGAUUACUAAAGUGACCUUCGUUGGUGAGAACUUCACAAGGAAGCCACCAAAGUUUGAACGGUUCGUGCGCCCCAUGGCAUUACGUAUGAAAAAGGCACAUGUCACACAUCCUGAAUUGAAGGCAACAUUCCACCUGCCCAUCAUUGGAGUCAAAAAGAACCCGAGCUCGCCAAUGUUCACUCAACUGGGUGUCAUGACUAAGGGUACUGUAAUCGAGGUUAACAUAUCCGAACUGGGUCUGGUCACACAAACCGGAAAAGUUGUUUGGGGUAAAUACGCCCAGGUAACGAACAACCCAGAGAAUGAUGGCGUCGUUAAUGCAGUUCUUUUAGUUUAAGCCUUAGAUUUAAUAAUAAAAAUGUGACGAUUGGUACAAAAGAAAUAAAGUUAAAAAUAAAUCUUAA